CAAGAUGUCAAUGAGGCUCAUCACGUGAAUGAAGGCGAGGAAGAGUUGGCGAUUUCGAAGAAAGCCAUGUCUAUAAAGACGACAAACAAACGGCUGUCCGAUUAUGAGGUGCUCGCACAGGCGCUCAUGUUUUUGAUCGCCGGCUACGAGACAACAUCGACAACACUGACCGCCUGUGCCUAUGAGUUGGCCCUAAACCCCGACAUUCAACAGAAACUCUAC